ACGAGAUUCAUCAUUAGAGAAGACCCGUCUGUUUCUAUGUAGAAUUUUAUUCCUGGGUUUUACCGUGUAUGAAAUAAAUGGAGAACAAAUUACUAAGCUGCAUUAUACUUGACCAAGAUGCUUUUUAUGACGUCAGAAUGCUAGCGGCUGACAAGAGGCAGCAGGAUUGGAUUAGUGAACAUUUGGAGGAACUGUCCACAGCGUCCCGUGCAGAAGUUCUAUACAACCGCGAAACCGUCGUCUGCUCCAACAAAAAGCAGGAGAUCGCCAAGAAAUUGUGGAUUUCGGACAUCGUUAUGUUGGGGAGUUCCCAUGACGGACUGUAUCUAGAACGACCACUUCCGCUGAUUAGGGAGGACAGGACUUAUGUUAACAAAACUGAUAUAGACGUAGUCUUUGAAUUCACAGGGGUCAUUGUUACAGAAAAUCAAAGUCAGGAUGAUGGGCAUGGAUCUUUCUUAAAGUUGGAGAACACAUUUCCCGGUUACGUCAAAAUGCGCGUGAUAAAUCGCACAAGAACAAGAGAUUCCAAAGAAUACCUUUUGCCAAUGGUGUUGAAAGAAAAACUCGAAACUGCCAUAGAUAACGCAGGAUUAUACGUUGUCAUGCAGGGAUACAAGCGCAAUGGUCCAGCACUCGCCGGUGCAUCAGAAGACGAGCUCGGGAUACAUAUCCUGGAUUACGUCUUGUGUAUGUCGAUGUCUUCAUGGCCGUCCGUGGCCACAGAGUUCCUGUCACGUCCGAGGGCUUCCGGAUGGCCGUCAUCUGAACUGAUCCAGAAAGCAACAAAAGGGGGUUGUGGAUUCGUACCAGUAGGGCAUCCUUUCAGUUUCGAAGCUCAUUUAGAAUGGCGAAUCUCUUUUGCAAUAACUGAGAGAAUCCUGCUCCUGAGCCUCACCACUACACAGAUAAGGGCGUAUGUUUUCUUCAAGGCUAUCUGCAAACUAAACUUAUUUGACGAGCAUAAACCAUGUUUAACAUCGUACAUGUUGAAAAACGUUUUCUUUUGGGUCUUAGAAAACCUUCCACUAAAAACAUGGACGCCAGACAACUUAUUCCAAUGCAUACACAAACUUGUUAAAAGACUGGAGACCUUCCUAGAAGACGAAUGUUUACCAAAUUAUUUCAUUCCACAGAGAAACAUGAUUCAACACAUAAAAGUACAGGUGAUUUUAGACGUAAGACAGAAACUCGCUAUCAUGAAAGGAGACAUCUUGGGAGUCAUUGUUCGCCACACUGAUAGGAGAGAGAUUUUCUCCGUAAUCGAUUUAAAUUACUCCAUCCUGUGUACCAAACUUUCUGGUACAGAUCAUGAAAACUUAUCGCUUUUAUUGUCGGAUGUUUAUUUCAUUGUGUACCUGACACUACGUCUCCAGUCACUCAGGUACUUAUCAAAUCUAAGCAUCCCCACUGUAAUGUACAUCAAACAACAGAGAAAAUGUAGCAUGUUCCAAGUCGUUCCAGCCUGCGCCGCACGCUACCUCAUAAACGCCAUCACACACUCCUAUAAUCUAGCUUUUCCUCUUUUGAAGUGUAAAGAGAAGAAUUCACUAACCUUAGACAUCUCUUGUUUGCGAACACGAGCUGUAGCGUUCAUAGGGACGGAAAUAUAUAAAGGAAAGCUUAAAAGAGUAAUCGAUGAAGUGGAGUAUGCCCUCGAAAAGAAAGUAAUGGAACUUUCGGAAUUCUCCGAGUUGGUACACUGGGUUAAUUUAACGUGCGGAUGGUGUAAUGCUCCGUUUCUUAUUGAUGGUGAGAGCAAAUGGGAUAUGUACGGUAUAGACUAGGUUAAACAUGCGAUAAGAUCUAUUGUAACAACAACGGUUGUAGCGAACUUCCAGGGCAGCUAGCAAGAACUUCGUUAUAACCAAAUUUCGUUGUAUUCAAUAGAUUUGCGUGAAUUCGUUAUAAGUGUGAUCGCUAUAAUCGUGUUUUACUGUAUAAGGAAUUGUUGUAGAACUGUAACGAGCUGGAUAGAAAAAAAUAAACAACAGCCCAAAUCAUGGUGGGCGACCAGAAGUGAACUGUUGUGCUAUCAAUUAAAACAAGGAAUGUCAGAAUUUUUUCUGUAGUUGUGUAUAAUUAUGUUAUAUCAACGCCCGUGGUGUCCAUGCUGUUGCUGAUGAAUAGUCACUUGAAUUAUCUGAAAAUAUAUAUUUAAAAAAAAUUAAAGUCCUGAAAAACGUUAA